UUAGAAUUUAAGAUCAAAGUUUAGACUUUUAGGCUGCGUUCAUAAGGAUGCCGUAUGAAGUUUCGAUGUCUGGUGGAAGUCCAUGGGGCUUCAGGCUCACCGGUGGGGUCGUUAACGGUACCCCGGUCACCGUUUCCAGGGUCACCCCUGGUGGUAAAGCUGCCCAGGCCAAUGUAAUGCAAGGAGAUGUACUUGUGGCAUUGAACGGAACCUCCAUUAGCGACAUGGACUUGCCAGAAAUCAUGGAACAAGUCAAGAUAUCAGGAUGGACAAUUCAUUUGACUCUUUUGAGCCAAGAGGAGAUCGAACACUCAUCGCAGAUGAAGAGAAAAUCGGAAUCAAACUUCACAUCCGUAACUGAAUUAGAACGCCCACGAAGCCAGUUGGCAAUGACACCAUGCAGUGAACGGCCGUCAAGCAAGUUAAGGCUGCGAUCUGUUGAUAAAAAGAUUAUGGGACGAAAGAAGAAAAAGUCCCCACCCAUUCCUCCUGAUAACCAUGGCAACCAUAGAAGUAGUAAUAACAUGCCACGAAUUGUGAUCAAAGUUGGUGGUCGUGCGAAUAAUUCGCAACCUAUAGUCGACGAUUCGAGCUUCCACAACGGCGAUGAACCCAUUUCGCCAGUGAAAGCUUUCAGCGUUGACAACGUCAGUGAACGAAGUGCAAGUCCGCAAGUCGCACCGAAGCCCAAGCCACGUAAAACUGUGCAACCGCAAGAGGUCGAUAUUGAGCAAGAAGAGGAAUGUACCGAGCAGUCAAGUAAACCAGAAAAGAAGGUCCCUGAUUUCAUUAGAAGACAAAUCAAACCGACGAAGCCUUUGCCACAGGAAUUCAAACCUCAAGUUUCGUGGCUCCAUAACAAGCUUCGAUUAAAAUUGAAACCAGGACAGGCAUUAACUGACCCCGGUAAUUCACUGAAGGCUGCAGCAGCUGCUUACCCUUGUCAACCUAUUGAGAUUGAGGGUCCAGUGUCAGCAACGAUUGUGCAUGCCCAGUACAAUACACCGGUCGGUAUGUACAGUGCCAACCAGAUCGUGAACACGCUCGUCACCACAGCGCAUGCGCAGGGUGCAGAUGUCCCAGAACCACAAUCUAUCUUUGGAGACCAGGAAGUACCAGUUGAUACAAAUACACCCGUGUUCAAGCUAGUGCACAAGUCUGAGCGAUCUACGCCGACUCCAGCUCAGUCAAGAUCUAUUCAAAUACUGGAUGCGCUGUUGGACUAUGAGAACGGAGACCUGAAAAUCUAAGACGUGGAUCGCAUUGUAUCGUGUUAUGCCUUUACUUUGAAAGUUUAACUUUAAAUGUAAAUAUAAACUUAAAUUUGGACGCAGAA